AUGUCCCAGGGGCCCAGAGGUGAGAAGAAGUGGGACAUACCAGUGGAUCAGACAGGGAUGAAUCAGAUGGAGGAGCUGAGUUCUCUUCCACCAAUUCCGACGAGUUUGCCUGCAGCUUCUGUAAAGAGACGGUUCGUCAAGCUGGGCAGGAAGACAAGUGAUGGGUCCGAGCAAUCUGCUUCAUCCACCGGCAGUUCAUCCACCAGCAGGUCAGCUGAGGGCGUGGUCAUCAGACAGCCCAGCAAGAGCGGCAUCCGUCGCCAUACCAACCGUCUGUCAGGCGUCUUCCUUCGUGCCCCCACCUCCAGCUCAGACUCCAUGUUGCUGACAGCGGGUCUCAGGUCAUCACUGUCCACCCAGGCCAGGAAAGGCAGCAUGAUUUGUGAGGACGCUUUAAUUGCGGAUGACCCGUCGGAGCUGUCCAAUCAGAUCACUGCUCCAGGAAUCCUGAAGAUCUUUGGGAAUGAACUCUGUGAAGGAGCUCACUAUAAGAGCGUCCUGGCCACCACACACUCCAGUGCAAAGGAGCUAGUCAAAGAGGCCCUUGAACGGUAUGGCCUGAGUAAGGAGGAGGCCGAGUCCUACGUUCUCUGUGACACCAUUGGCUCCACUGGAGGGAACCAGUGGAGGACCGAAGGGUUUAGAGUCGUCGGCGACCACGAGAAGCCCCUCCUCCUGCAGUCACUAUGGAAACCAAGAGAAGGCCUGGCAAGACGGUUUGAAAUCCAGAGGAGGAGCCUGGUAGAGGAAAAGACAUCCAAAGACAAAGACACCAUCACUGCUGGUAUAAAUGCCCAGGCUCGAAAGCUGCAGAAGAGCCGCUCCCGAGUGACCUCCACCCUCAUAGACAGGACUAUGGGGCGAAGUCACACGCUGUGGCGGAGCAAAAGCGAAAUGGACCUUUUAGAUUCUGAUACCCAGACGAGACAGGACACAGAUAAAUGUGUGAAGGAUCGAAGCGAAAGCCUGAAUCAAGCCUUACUGCAGUGCUACGAGCGCCCCAAAACCAGCACGGAACAGAACCCCACUCACAGCCUCGCGGAUCGCUCCGAGGGGCCGCAGGCAACAACAGAGACCCUCUGUCUGUCCAGGCCGAGAGGCGAGCGGGAAGGAGAGGAGUCAGAGAGGGAGGAGACGGAGAGCAGCGACGAUAACACUACACAGUACUCCAUUCACCCUCCUCACGACUGUCCAUACCUGCUGCUGCUGCAGGGCUGCAGCCCCGCACAGGACUUUGUCAUCUACCUACUUGCGGGGACAAACAUUUUAAUUGGACGGCAAAGUGAUCAGGAAGAUGGGUCCAAGCAUGACAUCCUCCUCUUCGCCACCGAUAUCCUUUCGAGACACUGCUAUUUAUCCCGCCAUAGCGUUGGGGGUCCCACGGUGCUCUGCCCCUGUCAGGAUGCUGUGGUCACCUGGAAUGGUGAAGUGCUCAAAGAGGAAGUACAGCUUAGUCCUGGUGAUGUCAUCGGCCUGGGACAAUGCUACCUGUUUCUUUUCAAAGAUCCCUCAGCUUCGCUGCACAAGGAAGUGAAUGGGGCUGCACCGGAGCCCAGCUUGUCUGCUGUCCCCUGGAUGCUGACUCACAACACCUCAACAAACCAUACUGCAGAAAUUAACCUCUGCAAUAUCUGCACCUCAACCUGUACCGACCCCCACAGCACGAGCAGCAACCAGGCCCUAAGCAGAGGUCCUCCUUUUUUAAAAUCACCUGAAGGCCACAGCCUGACUCUGAACUACAAGACGGAGGACGAGGAUUGCAUUGUCAUGGAGAUAGUUGCUAUGGGCGGGGCUGGAGUUGAAGACAGACCGCCACUGACUGCAGCGUUUCUGCUGUGCAUGUGCAUUCAACAUUCAACAACAUGUCUUCAUAACUCAGACCUCCGCAGGCUCCUGCUGCUCAUUGCCAGUGAAGUUCAGAGUGCCAUGUGGGAGCACACUAAGGAUCUAGCUGCAGAUCAACCUGACGUUCUCAACGGUGACAGCUCAACCUCAGAGAACCUUCACCCUCUCCGCCUUUUGGAAGUCAUCUCAGGACUGCGCCCCCUUGUGGUAUGGAUGUCCAACAGUCUGGAGCUGCUGCAGUUCGUCCAGUAUCAGCUGCCUCUUAUUCUGGAGUGGAGAGCCAGGAAGGAUCAGGGACGGGAGGAGGGCGAGGAGAGGGAAGGAGAUAAAACCCAUGAGGGGGAGAUCACAGCCUUGUUGGAGCUCCAUCUGUCCUGUGUCCGCUCAGCCAGUGAGGAAACUAUGGCUGUUCUGGAGGAGGUCAUCAUGCUUGCCUUCCAGCAGUGUGUUUACUACAUUACCAAGGUCCUGUACCCCAUCCUACCUGGACUUCUGGACUGCAACCCAUUCAGAAGGAGUCCUGUCCGGCAGGUGACUUCUGAGAGUGCUCGAGUCCUGGGUAGCAGUGGACUGCAGGUCCCUGGAGAGAUCCUGCAAGUUGUGGAGGUCCUCAAUGAGACGUGGAUGCUGCUCUCAGACUGUCAGCUCCAUCCAGAGAUUUCUUCUCAGCUCAUUGGCUACCUCUUCUACUUCAUCAAUGCAUCACUUGUCAACUCACUAAUGGAGAGAGGCUCAGAACCGGGUUUCUACCAGUGGUCCAGAGGUGUGCAAAUGCGGGCCAAUCUUGACUUGCUCCUGGACUGGGCCCAUGCAGUUGGACAGGGAGAACUGGCCUUGGAUCACACAGACACACUCUCGUCAGCUAUCAAUCUUCUUGCCACACCCAGAAAGAAUUUAAUGCAGACAUCUUGGAUAUCCUUGCGGUCUCACUACCCUACCCUGAGUCCAGCCCAGCUGAGCCAUCUACUGAGUCUAUACAGCCAAGGGUCUUCCUGCAGACACAAGUGGAUUCCAUCAGUGCGGGAUGAAGCAGCAGUACUUAAAACUGCUGAUAUCCUGGAAAGUUUUGACACCCAGCAUCCUCUGGAGCUGCCUGGCGGGGGUUACCAGUUCCAACUAAGAAGGGCAGUAACAGAUUUAGCCCUAAGUGAACAGCUGGACAAGCUCAAAGGGUUUAUUUCCCUACUCCCUAAACCACAGUCUACUGAAGUCACAACUACUCUGGAGCAUGAGAGUGGUAUAGUUCAGAACCUCCCAUUCCCAUCAGCUACCUCUGAUGCCUCACCUCCAUCCCCCCCAUCACCACACUCUCCUCUCUGCACCCACUACCUGGAUGAGUUCAGUUCAUGUGGCGCCUUCCUUUUGUCGCAGAAACUAAGAAGUCUGGAGCGGCAAAUCACAGAGACAAAGAUGACAAGUGAGAUGAGGAGGUCAGCUCUGGACCCCUCCUGUCUCCUCACCCCACCCAACACCCCCCUCAUAGAUCUUGUUAGUUUGGUAAAGGCAGGCCAGGAUAAAUGGACAAAGGCCAACAAUGAGACAGUUCCCUGGACCUACGAUGUAGAUGCACCUGACAAAGGUGGAUUAGUAUUUGAAUGUCUGGCUGCAUUGAAGGUAGACCGUUUGAAGACAGACUGCCCCAAUAUGAAAAGAAUUUUGGAACUAAAGGAGGAGGAGGAGCAACAGGAGAAGGAAGAAGAGGACAACCAUUAUAAUGACAAUAAUGGGGAGGUGUUCAGCUUGGAACUGGAAAGAGGUGAAAGAGGACUUGGCCUUGCUCUGGUUGACACGAGGGAAACAUCCUUGAGGGUGAAAGGCAUCUUCAUCCGCUCAGUGGUUCCAGACUCUCCUGCAGCCCGGUGUAAGAAGCUGCUACCAGGAGACAGGAUCCUGGCUGUAAAUGGAGUCAGUCUGCUUGGGCUGGACCACAAGAGUGGAAAAGAGCUGAUCCAGUUAUCGGGGGACAAACUGAGAUUAUUGGUGACCAGAUGUGGUUGGAUGGCUGAGGCUAUUAAGACCGGAUGCUGA